AUGCCUGCUAAAAAAGGUCGUCAGUCCCAUAAGAGGAGCAAGGGUGACAUUUGUCGUAAAGCUCGGGUAUCCAAACUCAAGCAAUUAGAUUCGUCUAGUCCAGUUCGUUCAUCAUCAUCGUCGUCAUCUGAAUCAUCAAAUAGUAUUGAAGAACUGCUUAGUAGUUCAUUAAAUUUGACAACAGCCUCAUCAUCUUCGCACAAUGCAUUACAUAACUUAUUCACUUCACAACAAAAAAUAAUGGCAUAUGAAAGAAGAAAAAAUAACGUAAUAGCCGAUAGUGAUGAAAUGGAUUUUUAUCAAGUAAUCCACAACAGCUUUUUAUUAGAAUUAAUGGGAAAUACCAUAUGUAUUGGAUGUAAAGAACAAUGGGAUGGGAAAAUGCAUAUUACUUCUUUUCUAGGUACACAUUUGGCAGGGAUUGGCCGUGCUGGUGUAGCUAAAAUAUUUGGGGCGAUGAAUUUAGCUCCACCAGUAAAAGAAGAUCACUAUGAAGAAAUUGAUAGAAAACUUUUAUUACCAUGUAUCAAAAAAUUUCAACAUGAAUCAAUGCAAGCUGCUAUUUAUGAAGCUGUUGAUGAGAACGAUGGUGAUCCAACAGCCUUAACAGUUAGUGGAGAUGGAACAUGGCAAAGACGUGGCUUCAAAAGUAUUCAUGGAGUAGCAGCUGUUUUAUCGUGCAACACCAGACCGAAAGUACUCGAUGUUCAACGUUUAUCAAAAAAAUGUUUGAUAUGCACUGGUGCACUGAGUGUGAAAAAUAAAGAUCCAGAUUUAUAUGACGUAAUUAUUCAUAAUCAUGACUGUGAAUCAAAUUAUGAUGGUUCAUCUGGAGGUAUGGAAUCACAAGGUAUUCAAGACAUAUUUAAACGUUCCUUUCCAAAGUAUAUUGGAGACGGAGACUCGUCGGUCAUGUGGAAUCUUACUCAACAUCCUCCGUAUCCAGGUAUCGAAAUUGAAAAGAUCGAAGACAUCAAUCAUUGGCCAAAGAAAAUGUUAUAUCGGUUAGAAAAGUUGGCUCAAGAAUUAAAAGAUACAAUGCUAGAUCCAGAGAAAAAACGAAAAGGAAUUGGUGGUGUUAAUCGCUUGACCAAGGCUCGUUCAUCAUCAUCGUCGUCAUCUGAAUUAUCGAAUAGUAUUGAAGAACUGCUGAGUAGUUCAUUAAAUUUGACAACAGCCUCAUCAUCUUCGCACAAUACAUUACAUAACUUAUUCAUUUCACAACAAAAAAUAAUGGCAUAUGAAAGAAGAAAAAAUAACGCAAUAGCCGAUAGUGAUGAAAUGGAUUUUUAUCAAGUAAUCCACAACAGCUUUUUAUUAGAAUUGAUGGGAAAUACCAUAUGUAUUGGAUGUAAAGAACAAUGGGAUGGGAAAAUGCAUAUUACUUCUUUUCUAGGCACACAUUUGGCAGGGAUUGGUCGUGCUGGUGUAGCUAAAAUAUUUGGGGUGAUGAAUUUAGCUCCACCAGUAAAAGAAGAUCACUAUGAAGAAAUCGAUAGAAAACUCUUAUUACCAUGUAUCAAAAAAUUCCAACAUGAAUCAAUGCAAGCAGCUAUUUAUGAAGCUGUUGAUGAGAACGAUGAUGAUCCAACAGCCUUAACAGUUAGUGGAGAUGGAACAUGGCAAAGACGUGGCUUCAAAAGUAUUCAUGGAGUAGCAGCUGUUUUAUCAUGCAAUACCACACCGAAAGUACUCGAUGUUCAACGUUUAUCAAAAAAGUGUUUGAUAUGCACUGGUGCAUUGAGUAUGAAAAAUAAAGAUCCAGAUUUAUAUGACGUAAUUAUUAAUAAUCAUGACUGUGAAUCAAAUUAUGAUGGUUCAUAUGUUUGUUCUAACUAUUCGUUAAAUAUUUAUGUUUAUUUUAAAACAGGCACAAAAUAUGACCAGCAGAAACACUCUUUACCAAAAUAUGUUAUGGAAGCUAUUAAACCUGUAUUUGAAGACCUGGCUUCUAAAGAAACUUUACAACAUGUACUUAAUGGAUCCAGUCAAAAUGCUAAUGAGUCAUUUCACUCAUUCUUAUGGUCCAUGGCUCCUAAGAACAGAUAUUGUAGUGGAACUAUUAUUGAUAUCUGUCUUGGAUUGGCUGUUAUGAUAUACAACGACGGUUACUUAUCUAUCUGGGAAAUAUUGCACGAACUUUUAGGUGAAAUGGGUCAUUUCUCUUAUGUUGCUUUUGAUUGCAUCAAUAAACAACGUGUAAGAAAAGUAGCACAAUGGAGGAAGAGAAGAGGACAACAAAUAGCUGGUGAUGAAGAUACUGAAAAUGAUGAAGAUAAGAAUGAUGAUACAAUUGAUGAUUAUCAGUCUGGUGCAUAUUGA